CCCAAAACUUUCCUCAUUGUCACCAUUCUUAUUUUCCUGGAAUGAACAGAAUCCUUUCAUGUUUAGUCGCCACUUUUCUUGAUUGCUCUCUCUCUCUCUCUCUCUCUCUCUCUCUCUCUUUCUGUGUAACUUUCACUGGCUAAGGGAAUCGAAGCCUUUUUCUGCCAACUAUUUUUAGGUUCUAGUUUUUUUUCUCCACCAUAAGAGCCUAACCAAAAUCCAUAAUCAAGUGGCCCUUCUUUAUCGUUUUGUUAUCUUCUGCAGAAACAAACUGUUAAACGCCAGAAAUGCCACCUUCAUACUUCCCUCUUAGGUGGGAAAGCACAGGAGACCAAUGGUGGUAUGCGUCACCGAUUGAUUUUGCGGCAGCCAAUGGUCACUAUGACUUGGUGAGGGAGCUUCUCUACCUUGACACCAAUCUCCUCAUUAAACUGACCUCCCUUCGCAGAAUUCGCCGCCUUGAAACCGUCUGGGAUGACGAGGAACAGUUCAAUGAUGUUGCCAAUUGCCGUGCUUUGGUGGCCAAGAAGCUACUCCUAGAAUGUGAAACAAAGAGAGGUAACAACACUCUCAUUAGAGCUGGCUAUGGUGGUUGGCUCCUGUACACUGCUGCCUCAGCUGGUGAUGUGAGCUUCGUCAAGGAAUUGUUGGAGAGAGAUCCUCUUCUUGUUUUUGGCGAAGGAGAAUAUGGUGUUACUGAUAUACUGUAUGCUGCAGCCAGGAGCAAGAAUUCUGAUGUUUUCAAGCUCCUGCUUGAUUUCUCAAUGUCAAGGAGGUGUGGCCUUAACUCUGGAAAAGGGAUGGAGGAGCAGUUGGGUGAGAAUUAUUCAGAUUUUAGACAGGAGAUGAUGAAUAGGGCUGUUCAUGCUGCGGCUAGAGGUGGUAAUUUGGACAUUUUGAAGGAGCUUCUUAGAGAUUGCUCUGAUGUCUUUGUUUAUAAAGACGCUCAAGGGUCCACUGUCUUGCAUACUGCCUCAGGCAGAGGGCAGGUUGAGGUAGUUAAGGAUCUUGUAGCAUCCUUUGGCUUUAUCACGUCCACUGAUUAUCAAGGAAACACAGCAUUACAUGUAGCUGCUUACAGGGGUUACUUAGCUGUGGCAGAGGUUCUGAUACAUGCAUCUCCCUCAUUAAUCGCCAAAACAAAUAACUAUGGAGAUACUUUUCUCCAUAUGGCAGUGUCAGGAUUUCGAACCCCAGGUUUCCACAGAGUAGAUAGGCAGAUAGAACUCAUAAAGCAGUUAGUAAGCGGUAAGAUUGUAAACAUCCAAGGGAUCAUCAAUGUCAGGAACAAUGAUGGAAGAACGGCCCUUCACAUGGCUGUAAUUGAGAACAUACAAUCCAAUUUGGUGGAACUUCUCAUGACUUUACCAACAAUUGAUUUAAAUGUUAGAGAUGUUGAUGGCAUGACUCCACUAGAUCUCCUCAAGCAACGGCCGAGAACAGCCUCUUCUGAAAUUUUAAUCAAGCAGCUGAUUUCAGCUGGAGGGAUCUCUAAUUGUCAGGAUAAUGUGGCUAGAAGUGCUAUUGCUUUCCAUUUAAGAGGGCAAGGCAUAGGAUGUAGUCCUGGCACUUCUUUCAGAAUUCCUGAUGCAGAAAUAUUCUUGUACACUGGUAUUGAAAAUGCAUCUGAUGCCAGUUGUGAGCUAACAAGUGUAGAUUACAGUACAUGCAUGAGUGAAGCAAGUGAAUUUGACACAGCUAACUUGAUGAAUAAUAAAAAGUCAGCUUCUGUAAAUAAUCCGGCAAGACACCUAAAGUCUCUUCUCCAGUGGCCGAAGAAGAAAGAGAAAAAAGCUGUUGGUGCAAAGUUAGCAGAUGAUGAUUCUUUAGACUCAUUUAGUUUAUCAAGAAGUUUGGAAGACCGUCCGAUUCCACUUAGGCAGAGAUACUCAAAAAUGCCAUGCCUUUCAAGCAACAAAAGGGCAUUUUCUUUCAGAAAUAGUCUUCCAAGUCCAUUAGCCAGAAAGAAAUUUACCGCUGGGCUAACACAUGGUGUCAUUCAGCCAAUGCCACAAUUAGCAGUUUCAGUUGAACCACCUUCAAGUCCUCUUGCAGUAUCAUCCAUGGCUUCGCAUGCUUCAUUGGAUAAAGAAAAGGGUAUUGAUAUUGCAGGAACCUCGAGCUUGAAUCCAUCUCUGAAGCAUGAACCAUCCAUCAAUAAGAAGUUGAUGAACCAGUAUUUUUGUUUUGGUGCACAAGGUCUGUCUGUGGAAAAUUCUAUAAGCUAUUCACAGAAAAAUCAGAGUUACAAGCAUGCUGCUUCUCUGGUAGCCUGAAUUGAUUUGUACAAAAAGACUAGGCAAUCAGAAUUUUCUUUUUGGUUUAUUUUGCUUGUAGGUGUUUUCUUUUGAAGGAAGUAUUUUUCAUGUUUGAUUGUGUGGAAGAAUAUCUACACCAAUUUUAUUAUUUGAGGAAUGUAAAAGGGGUUUCAUGAAUAAGGUUAGAACAACUUCUGAAAGUAACUCUCUGUUAACAGAUUAUAUUUGAUUGCA